UGCGCCGAAACUUCAUCUCCCUGCGUUCACCUUCAUAGCAAUAUCGAUGAUGUCAACGAUGUUCUCGACAAGCAGCUCGAACGUUCCUCUCCUUCUACUUCUCGUCCCAUCAAUGGCAAAAACAACAAAGACAGAGACAACAACAACACCAUCAAGGAUCCUCGUUCUGCUUCCAUUUCCAAAACUUCCAAUAUCUCUGAGGAAUCUGAAACUGACAGUGAAAUGUCGGAUGUUAGUGGUUCUGAUGGAGAUGACACAUCUUGGAUCUCAUGGUUCUGCAAUCUCAGAGGGAAUGAGUUCUUUUUUGAGGUUGAUGAUGAUUACAUCCAAGAUGACUUCAACCUUUGUGGGUUAAGCAGUCAAGUGCCUUACUAUGAUUACGCUCUUGAUUUGAUUUUGGAUAUUGAAUCCUCCCAUGAGGAACAAAAUGAGUUAAUUGAAUCGGCAGCAGAGAUGCUUUAUGGUAUGAUUCAUGCACGAUACGUACUGACAAGCAAAGGAAUGGCUGCAAUGGUAAGAUUUCACUGUCACUAACCGUUGUUCAAAACAUUGUACAUAUUUUUGGUGGCUAUGGAGUAGACAGG